CCAUCCCUUUUCCCACAAUUCCUAUUCUUUUUAUUCCACGCUCAGUUUUUAUCGUUUUUACGGCUAAAACUGCUACACAAUAAAACCUGAUUUUUUCAAAUAUAAAUGCUAAAACCCUCGAUACGUAAUGUUAAUACCCCCCGCACCGCCUUCCUGGGCUCCAAUGUGAGCCGUUUAUCCGUUCUUGUCUCCACUUUACCCAAGCUCGUGAAGGGGAUUCCCGUGGCGUUGGUAUCGUCUGUGUACACCCAGCCAGACAGCCAGUACCACCUCCGAGAGGAGUUGUCUGAAAGCCAGUACAUUACCAACUUGCUUUUCUCAGCGUUGCUUGUAAUUCUCGGCGGAAUCUUUGCCGGGUUGACUUUGGGGCUCAUGGGCCAGGACGAGGUCUAUUUGAAGGUCAUGGCCUCUUCUGGCGAAGAUUCCGAGCGUAGACACGCCAAACGGGUCUUGGACUUGAUUGGCAGGGGCAAGCACUGGGUGCUUGUUACACUUCUAUUAUCGAAUGUCAUCACCAACGAGUCGCUUCCAAUUGUGUUGGACAGCGUGUUAGGAGGUGGGUGGCCCGCCGUUGUGGCCUCCACCGUGUCCAUUGUCAUCUUCGGCGAGGUGAUUCCGCAGUCGGUGUGUGUCCGCUACGGGCUCCAGGUCGGCUCCAUGUGCGCGCCGUUUGUUUUGGGAUUGAUGUACGUGAUGUAUCCCGUCGCCUACCCCAUUGCCAUGUUGUUGGACUAUGUUUUGGGCGAAGACCACGGUACCGUGUACAAGAAGUCUGGGUUAAAAACCCUUGUCACGUUGCACCGCACCAUGGGUGUCGAGAGAUUGAACCUGGACGAGGUUACCAUCAUCAGCGCCGUGCUUGACUUGAAGGAAAAACCCGUGGGGACCAUCAUGACCCCCAUGGAAAGUGUGUUUACCAUGCCUGCAGACACUAUUUUGGACACCAAGAUCGUCGAGGACAUUUUGCACAAGGGGUUCUCGCGUAUCCCGAUCUAUGUCCCGGGCCAGCCAAAGAACUUUAUCGGGAUGCUUUUAGUGAGAGUAUUGAUUUCGUAUGAUCCAGACGAUGAGUUGCCAGUCUCCUCUUUCCCCUUGGCCACCUUACCCGAAACCUCUCCCGAGACGUCGUGUUUGAACAUCCUCAACUACUUCCAGGAGGGCAAGUCGCACAUGAUUGUGAUUUCCGCCAACCCCGGCGACUCUGAGAGCGCCAUGGGGAUUUUAACCUUGGAGGAUGUGAUUGAGGAGUUGAUCGGUGAGGAGAUUAUUGACGAAUCAGAUGUCUAUAUAGACAUCAACAACGCCAUCAAGAGAACCCAGCCGGGUCCCUUGGCCAAGCGCAGCAUGACCCAUUACCUCCACCACUUAUACACCACCUCCAGACGCAGCUCUGUCGAAGGCAACUGUAGUUCAAAGACCCACUCCACCUCCUUACCUAACCACCCGUUGCUUUCUGCCCCCCAGCCAAAGUUCGUUUCUGAUGAUGGCCAUGGUAAUUCGUUGCUCAACACCCUGUUCAGGCCGAUCAACCCUGCUGCCAAUCCGAUCGAGAGCUCCAAGAAGGCGUUUGUGCAUAUCAAAAGUCCAUCCCAUGCCGAUGAAGUAUUCCAGGUUCUCCCACCGCCACAGCAGUCUACAGGCGGGGAGGGAUAUGGCGCGGUUCAUGUCACUGAAGACGGCGCUGUGGCCGAACAGUUGGCUCGCAGACACGAUGAAGCGCCGGUGAAACAGACAUUUUCCACUUCCGAAAACCGGGACUCCACUGAUUUGACUGAUUUUGACCACAACCAGACCGAGGUGCCGAUCGUGAAAGGAGGCUUGGCCAUCCCGCAGACUGAAUUUCUGACCUCCCACACCUACAAGACCGGUGGGAUUAUUGAAAGUGUGGUGAAUAUCAGAGGUGUCCACAAAACCAUUAUCGAGAAUGUGUCUGACGACGAGUACAGCGACGAAAAUGGCAGUGCUGCGUUCACCAGUGGGGACGAAUCUGAGAGAUUUUUUCUCAACGGGUCAGUUCGAAAGGCGUCCCCAAGGUGGGUGAAUUAAGCCUAUGAUCUACUGAAAGGUUUCCGCUAGCUAUAAUUUUUUUUUGUCUUCCAGUUCUUUGCCCUUCAUUCUCAUUGCUUAAAGGAGGGUAUUUUGUUUGUGUAUACUAUAUGGUAUAAUUACCUACUUGAUUACCUCCGAAUUUGACUAUCGUAGCACCUCGUCUAUUGGUGAAGGUUGGCCGAGAUUCCUCCCAGCGUCACUGUAUGACAAACGCCGACAAUAGUCCUAAUCCAUUUAAUACUUUUUAACGAGAAGCUCAUA